UUUGAGCAUCAUCAGAUGGACGAGGCCACAUCUUCGGAAUCUGCUGAUGCGAUUGCGAAGAAAAAGGAGUUGCUUUUGCAACGGCUGCAGCAGAGGCGACCAGCUAAACAGUCACGAGCAGAUACUGAGCAAGCAAAAGUGCGAGAAGAAGAGCUGACUGAAUUGCUGAAUCGUGCAAAGGAGCAAGCCGACUCGGGUGUUGUAAACGAAGAAACGAUAAAGGCUUUGGAGAGUUUCUUGUCGUUGGAAGGAUGCGGUUGGUCUGCCAAACGCAUACAAGCUGCUUUAGAGAUGUUACGAAAGACUAGCGUCGGAGUGAGUGGUGAUGGUUCACAAAAAUCUGCGUUUUCAUUUUCGGCCCCGAAGAAGCCAUCCACACCAUCACAUCGUCCAAGAAAGAAGUCAUCGUCAGUUUCAUCAGAAACGUCUUCAGUGAUUGAGAAUGCGCCUUCGGAUAAUGUGAUCAGUCUCUCAAAUAUGAGUGACGAAACGCGACUUGUAGCCGGUGAGAACGGAAAUGACAUAAAAUUGAAAGAAAUCAAGAACUGCAAACUUUCUUUUGCCUUCCGUCCAUCCACUGUUCAUAUCCAGGGACUGUAUGAUUCCGAACUAGUCUUUCUCCCCGUUGAAACCUCUGUAUUAAUGAGUGACUGCCAACGUUCAAAAAUCUUUGCGUCUGCGCAGCAGUUACGUAUUCAUAAUUCCAAAGAGCUUCGACUUCAUGUCGGUGUACGUGCAGCUGUGAUUAUAGAAUCCUGUACGGGCAUUCUAAUGGCUCCUUACAGAGUCAAGCUGAACGAAGAGUUCAUAGAAGCACCACCAGGUGAAGCAUGGAAACAUCCGAACGAUUUUGACUGGCUUGCGGAAGGUCAAAGUCCUAAUUGGGUCAUUGCUCCGGAAGCUGACUGGGAAACUGCAAUGCUCACUGUCCCUCAGUAACUUGUACAUGCGAUAUUCAUAAAUAUUUAUCUUUUGAACUCAUAAUAUUCAGCAACAAAUUAUUCAGAGCAUUAAAACUUGUAAGAUAUUGAAAGGCAGUUUGACGGUAGCACCC